ACAACUGUUUCAGUCUGUCUCGAAACGUUACGCAUUUACGUUUCGUCGACUUUCGGUAACAGUCGCCAAGCAUAUUGCACACUUGAAAAUAAAAUGGCUAGUUCAUUGAGUCCUCUUCAAAUUUUGCAACUAAAAGAUUCAUGGUCAGUGCUUGCACAAGACCCGAGCCAGUUAGCGUCGGCAUUGGUAAUCAGGUUGUUCAAAGAAAAUCCUGAGUACCAAUCAUUAUUCAAACGGCUUAAGAACUUAUCAAUAGACGAACUUGCGUCUAAUCCCCAGUUUAUGUCACAUGCAUCGAAAGUAGGUGCUGCAUUGGGCUCGACUAUUGAUCACCUUGACAAACCUGAAGAAUUAGAAAAAUUACUUACAAAUCUUGGGAUUAWACAUAAAAAAUAUGGCCUUACAGCAAAACAUUUUCAGGUGAUAUCUGAAUUUGAUCCAUAA